AGAUCAAGAAGAAGGAGAAUUAGAAUCGAAUAUAGAAGAACAUAAGGAGAGUUACCAUCUUAGACCAAGAAAAUCAAUUUUUUAUGGCAGCAGUAGUGAAGAUGAUGACAAUUAUGUGUUGCAGGGAUCAUCUACUUCACAUACAAUUACAUCAAGUAAUGAAUUAGAUCUUGCAACAGCAAGAAAAAGAAUUUUGGGACUUAAGGAGUACAACAAACAUGUCCAUGAAUUAGUUUAUGAGAUAAGCGAUGCAAUGUUGAAUGUAGAAUUAAGUGAAGACCACUAUAUAGCAAGUGGAAUUCUUUUCCACAAAGACCUCAUGAACAACAAUAAGGGAUUAUAUGAAC